AUCAACCAACCUCACUCGGGUUAACCCGGAACCCUCUCCGACCCGACCCAUUGUCUGCUCGAGCGACGGCGAAGAACGAUGAACACGAGAUCCUCAUCGUCAUUGUCGCCGCCGCUGCUCCGGGAGGAAGGAGGAGAGCUGCAGACGGUGGACCACGCUUUGCUCCGCCGUCACAUUCCGCCGGGAUGGUCCGUCAUCAAGAGGCGGCGGUCUUCGGCGGAGGCGGAUGACGGAUACGGUCGCGUCGAUACGUACUACGUCGAACCAGAAACCGGCCGACACUUUCCGUCUCUAGCAUCUGUUCACAGACACUUGAAUGGAGAGCAGAGUCUAUGUCUGGCACUCACCGCCCGCAAACACUCGGAUGGACCACGCCUCUACGAGAAACUUACGUUCAAAGAAUUGACCGUUUCCAAACAGAUGCACCGCACUGUUGAGUAUGCCUCCCCGGAUUUCAGUUUACCCGAUGGAUGGCUCAUCAAAGCGAUUCCGAGGAGAAACUCCACUAUCGUUGACAAGUAUUACAUUGAACCGGAAACGGGUACCCGCUUUCGAUCCCUUAUUUCAGUUGAGAGAUACUUGAAAUCGAUGGGAAAUAGCUCGGAUGAACCACAGUUAACGACCGUUACUGACGCGGGAAACCAACUGCAGGUUGUCCCAUUUGGAGAUCAUUCUCCGCUUGUGAUGAACCGGAAUGAUACCGACCUGCGAGACAACGUUACCCAUCAAAACCGGCCCGAGAAAGUGAAGUGGGUACUGACUGGUCCCGGUGGGAAUAUGUUUAGACCGUACAUAAACGGUUCGGCGGUCUCCGGUUCAGUUAGGGAUCAAUGGUCCGAGGCGUUCGUCUCGCUCAUUCAGGACCGGUCUUAACCACACCCAACCCAAGGUUCCUUUUGUUUGGGAUUCGACCGUGUAUCCGGUUUUGUGUCAACAAGUUUGGCCGGUUUUCAAUCCGGUUAUUGGAUGCUUUA